UGUCAAAAUUAGGUACCUGAAACAGAAAAAUAGGUCUGUCAAAAAAAUUCGGUCGAUUUUUUAGUAAAUCGUGAAAACGUAGAUUUAGGCUAAAAAUUAGGAAAACUGCCGACAUAUUUUAGCAUACGUUAGUAUUAAUAACUAACAAUUGUUAGUAAUAACGGAUUUUGUCUUCGGAUAAGACAAUUUUCAGUGUAGUACUGUAGUUUUUGCUGAAUUCUUGCUAUGUAGAUUACUUCACAGUUAGUUUUUUAUAAUAAUCUAAAUCCGGUUAAAAAUGGAGACAGACUUGAAUGUGAACGUAAAGGUCGAACCGGAAUCCGGCGGCGAGGUAUCGCUCGAUGAAAAUGACUCUAAACCACAGAAAAUUGAAGACAUAAAACGCCAGCUCACCGAAAACAUCGAUAUAAAAUCGGAACCAAUUGAUGAUGAAUCCUGUUAUGCUCCGGAGAACAUCACGGUCAAAUUGGAGCCUACUUAUUACAGCAGCGGUGAUGAGGACAUACCCUUGGAGUAUGUGGCUGCUCAGAUCGCGAUGCGGUACCCGGCCCCGCCUCGGAGGCGGAGGCGGUCCGACUCUGAUGAUGAGUAUAUACCACCCCGGAGGUUGAAGAAGAAGAAGAAAGUGAGAGAAGCCAACGUGAAACCGACAUACAGGGGGAAGUCCAAAAAAGAAGAGAACAUGCUAUACUCCGAGGAAGUAACGAAACACAUAGAAAUAAUAACGAUAACGGAGGAGCAACGUCAGAGGGAGAUUGGCGAAACUCUAAACCUGCGCAAGAACUUCGCAUACAGAUGCGAGUGGUGCGCACUCGGGUUUGUGCUGGAGGAGGCCUACGACAUGCACAUGAAGAUACAUUCGCCGGAAGCUGGCGAAUUCGAAUGCAGUCUCUGUCGCGCCCGCGUCAAAUCCAAGACGAUGUUAUACAGACACCGGCUGCGCCACUACCGCCGGUACCGCUGCGCCAUUUGUCUCAUGAUACACAAAGAUAAGGACACGGCCGCGUCUCACGUGAUGACCGAUCAUGAACGACAGGCGUUCGUCUGCGUCGAAUGUUCUAGAUCUUUCAAGCGUCCGCGUUACCUCGAGCGUCACAUCGAACAACAUCACACCAAAUUGUUCAACUUCCAAUGUCCCGAGCCGGACUGCAAGCGCGUGUUCCACGAGAGGGGGCGCUACCGGAGUCAUGUCAGAAGUCACAAAGAGGAGAUACGCAACCGUGCGUCCUCCUCGCUCGUUGUGUGCGCCGUCUGCGGCAAAGCUUACAAAAGCAAGAGCUGCCUGAAGCGGCACCUGCAGACACACCGGGCCACCGUGUGCACCCUGUGCUGCGUGCCGUUCCCACACCAGGACGCGCUGCGGCUGCACUACGCGAGGGUCCACAACUGUUACUACGACGGCUGCCUGAAGCGGCACCUGCAGACACACCGGGCCACCGUGUGCACCCUGUGCUGCGUGCCGUUCCCACACCAGGACGCGCUGCGGCUGCACUACGCGAGGGUCCACAACUGUUACUACGACGGCUGCCUGAAGCGGCACCUGCAGACACACCGGGCCACCGUGUGCACCCUGUGCUGCGUGCCGUUCCCACACCAGGACGCGCUGCGGCUGCACUACGCGAGGGUCCACAACUGUUACUACGACGGCUGCCUGAAGCGGCACCUGCAGACACACCGGGCCACCGUGUGCACCCUGUGCUGCGUGCCGUUCCCACACCAGGACGCGCUGCGGCUGCACUACGCGAGGGUCCACAACUGUUACUACGACGGCUGCCUGAAGCGGCACCUGCAGACACACCGGGCCACCGUGUGCACCCUGUGCUGCGUGCCGUUCCCACACCAGGACGCGCUGCGGCUGCACUACGCGAGGGUCCACAACUGUUACUACGACGGGGUCCACAUCGGCGAGAAAUGUCCGCAUUGCGGUCUUGUCUGCGGUAACAAUUCCUUACUCAACAAACAUAUAAAGCGGAUGCACAAGGAUCGCACUAAAAAAUACCAAUGUGACUACUGUCAGAGGCUGUACCUGACGAAAGGCGAGGUGCGAGCCCACAUAAUGUGGUCGCACGAGAAGCGGGGAGGUCACGCCUGCACCGUGCCCGGUUGCGGACGUGUGUUCAGGGCUCCAGCGCGGCUGCGCAGCCACACGCAGGUGGACCACCUCGGGCUGUCGCCCCCCAAGAACCACGAGUGCGUGCAGUGCGGGAAGGGAUUCAUCAACAAACAGGUGCUCCAGCGCCACAUGCGCGUGCACUCCGACGAGAAGUACCCGUGCGGCGAGUGCGGCGUGGCGUUCAAGACGGAGCCCUACGUGCGCGUGCACUACCAGCGGAAGCACCUCAACAUGACGCGCGCGCAGAUCCGCGACCAGGUCCGGCUGAGGAAGACGCAGAGCAUCAACCUGUUCAAACCCACUGUAAACGAGAUAAAGCAGGCCAAAGUGACGCCCGCCUUGGAUGCGACGGUGAACUCUUAUAUACCCAUGUUUGAGACGUUUGUGGAUGUCCAAAGGGAUAUAUUGAAUGAUGGAGUCGAGGAUGUGAAGCAGGAGCCGGGGGUUGAGUGUUGAGAUUGUAUGGUUUUGACUUGGUGAUGUUUACUUGGAGUUGAUGAUAUAAUAUAUACGGGACAAAUUACACGGAUUGAGUUAGCCUCGAUGUAAGUUCGAGACUUGUGUUACGAGAUACUAACUCAACGAUACUAUAUUUUAUAAUAAAUACUUGUAUAGAUAAACAUCCAAGACCCAGGCCAAUCAGAAAGUUCGUUUCUCAUACUCUGGCCGGGAUUCGAACCCGGGACCUUCGGUGACACAGACAAGCGCACUACCGCUGCGCCACAGAGGCCGGCAAAUGAUGGUUUGAUUGUCAGGUUAUGAUGAUACAUUAUUAUUGGUAUGAGUUUAAGAUGUUAAUACAUACAAUGUACUCAAAGUGCUUGCAAAAGCCUAUUUUACUAACGGCCUCUGUGGCGCAGGGGUAGUACGCUUGUCUGUGACAGGGCAUGAGGAAAGAACUUUCUCUGAUUGACCUGGGUUUAUAAUAAAUACUUGUAUGUUUAAAUAUAUAAGUAUUUAUUAUAAAGUAUAGUAUCGUUGGGUUAGUAUCUCGUAACACAAGUUUUGAACUUACUUCGAGGCUAACUCAAUCUGUGUAAUUUGUCCCAUAUAUGUAUAUUUAUAUUUAUUUUUAUUUUGUGAAUUAAAUAUGGAUUUUGAUUUUAUCGGGAAAAUAAGACAUGUCCAAACGAACAUUGCCUAACAACGUUUGUGCAGUGACAAUGUGAGUGAAUCGACCCCUGAUCCUUAUAACCAGAGAUCGGAUAUUCGGAUGCAUAUUUACCUAAAGUUGGGGUGUUGGGUUAUUAUGGAACAUACUUCUGUACCUCAAAAAUUCCGGGAUUCGGCAUUGAUGCACUUAAUGUUCUAAUUAUGUAUUCGAAUGCAAAUUUACCUAAAGUUGAGGUGUUGGCUUAGUAUGAAACGCAUUUUUGUAGCACAAAAUUCCGGCAUAUGAUCAUCCAUCACUUAUGUUUAUAAAGGUGUUUAUCAUACCUAAUAUACGAUAAGUUUCAAUUUCUUGUUUAAUAAAAUUUCCGGGAUUCAAAAUAAUUCGAAUCCCGAAAGCGAGAAGCCGCCUCCAUACUUUCUUAUCCAAAAUAUUAGUUUAGGUAAAUAUGCAUCCGAUUAUCCGAUCUCUACUUAUAACUCAGUUCCGCAUCCCAUAUUUCGCCAUUUUAUUGGUGCCGGACACCACACGGCAUUGCAAAGUACCCUAUGUUCUUUGUACAUAAAUAUUAAUGUACAGCGUUAAGGCAACAGAUAGCUCCAAAAUCUCGUUAGUUAUAAAUUAAUGAUAAGUCGUAACCGCAGUUGUAAUGUAGGUACUGUGCUCAGCACAUAGGUUCUAGCACAUCGUUCUCUAUGGACGCUGCGCAGGAUUUUUUUUUAAAUUAAAAGUUGCUACUGCGCUUCCCAGAAGUGUCAAAUUCUACAUACAUACAUAUGGUCACGUCUAUAUCACUUGCGGGGUAGACAGAGCCAACAGUCUUGAAAAGACUGAAUGGCCACGUUCAGCUAUUUGGCUUAAUGAUAGGAUUGAGAUUCAAAUAGUGACAGGUUCCUAGCCCAUCGCCUAAAAAAAGAAUCUCAAGUUUGUAAGCCUAUCUCUUAGUCGCCUUUUACGACAUCCAUGGGAAUAAAUAUAAAUAACUGCAAUAAGCCAUGUUAACUUAAAAUAACUUGCAAAAAAGUAACCGCCUCCGAUUGAUAUCCUGAUCUCCUUUUUCGAAGUCAGUUUCUAAAACCUUCUUUGUACUGUAAUAAACUCUUCUAAAACCGCAUCAAAAUCGGUUCAGCGAAACGAGACAUAAUCGUGGACAAACAUACCCACAUACAGAUCAAACAAAGAACCACCUUUUUUCGAAGGCGAUCAUAAAAUCUGGAAAUCAAAAAGGUAGCCAGCGUUAAGCAUCCAAGAAUUUUAUGCAAUGCAUGAGUCUUUUACACCUAGAUUCCAUUCCUACGCCAUAUGUAGAAUUUAGAGUUUGACUGUCUUAAGUCUAAAAGUAUAUGUUGGUAAUUUUGAUUUGAAAUGAGUAAGUAUUUAAGAAUUUGUUCGAUCUAUUACCCAUUUACACUUUAUAAGAAAGAGAACGCAUAAAUAUAAAGAUUAUAAGAAAUGUCGCGAGAUUUUAAAAUAAAACUAAAUCUAAAUACAGAUUCGAAAUCGUGGUAAAGAGGCGAUUACCUUUGUCAUAAGGACUUAUGCAAUAAUAUCUCGCUGGGUAUCUUAGGUAUGUAAAACAUGUGUUUAUAUAUAUUAUUGCCAAGCCGUAAGUAUGAUUAUAAUUGGUUAUAUUGCGACCACAUUAUUUUGUAUACCUCGUUUUAAUACAUAAAUGUAAACUAACGAACAUAGUUCAAUGAAUGUAAUUAAACCAUUAUGUUAUCUACCUCAAAAUCAUACAUUAAAUCACGCCUCUUUCCCGGAGGGGUAGGCAGAGACCACAUCUUUCCACUUGCCUGAUCCUUGCAUACUUCUUUCGCUUCAUCCACAUUCAUAACUCUCUUCAUACAACGUCGUCGGUUUCAGGUGCUCUUGACGUGACCAUUUAACUAAAACAUCCCUGAUUUGAUCAAGGUAUGUUAAAAUAGGAAAAAAAUGUGUAGAUAAUUUUGGAUAAGGGACUAUUUUAAUAAGUAUUUUUGUUUCACACUAAAUUCCUUAUAGUGCUUCUUCCUCCUGGCUUUAGUCCCGGUUGCAUCCUCACCUCUCUGGAGAGGAGCCCGGGGGUAUACCUUUGACCAUGGAUCCUGGAUUGGGUGAAUCAGGUUUUUACACGAAGCGCCUCACAUCUGACCUCCGCAACCUUUGCAGGUAAACCUAACGAAAACCUAAGGUAUUGGAUCCAUUAUUACACAUCCAGUUGCCUGUAUAGUGUUAUUCAUACAUAUGGUCACGUCUAUAUCCCUUGCGGAGUAGACAGAGCCAACUGUCUUGAAAAGACUGAAUGGCCAUAAUAGUGUUAUCCAUAAAUGUAUAAAUUCUAUAUAGUGCUAUCUCACACUUAAUACAUUGUAUCAUCUUGAGGUAGAUAAUCUGAGUUUAGAGCUUAUUACGUUACAAAUAGUUCCUUUUAGUUAUUUAAUUUUAUAGGUCACAGGGAUAAUGUUUUUGGUAGAUGAAUUUUAAAUAGCAUAGUUUAGAAGUUAAGAUUAUUUAUUUUAGAUUUAAAUAAUUAUUGUACAGAUAUUUUUGGUCUCGUCUGCUACACAAUAUGGAGAUAAAAAGUAAGAAUAUUUUAUGUACGAAAUAUAUAUACAAACAUAACAUAUAAAAGUAAAUAUAUAAGUUUGGUAUACCUAUCUAAUGUUACAACAGAUAUUUUGCGGGUGAAUUUAGGAAUCGAAAAUAUAUCGUGUGUUUGUGGCGACAUGUCUACGCCACACGUCACAACAAUAAAAAAUUAAAUCACGCGACGCUUUCAGUAAAAAAACAGCGAAAAACCUAAAUCGCGCAAGCAAAAAUUUCACGGAUUGGAGCAUAAACAUAUACAACCUCCGACACAAAUCGUGUGUCGCGCGGUUCCCCAGGCGUCACCCCAGCCUGGCGGAAGAUCUACCCUUUGGUGGCGGUCGAGCCGAAUCAUCGCUCCCGCUACAUGUUAUUCUUUUAUAUAUUUCCCCUUUGAUUAUAUACUAUCUCGGAAAGUCUUGUAAUAAUCUUCCUUCGAACUGCCCGUAAAAUAUUUGUACAUAUUUUUUUUACAAACCUUACCUAAACCACUUGCCCAGAACUGUUAAUGCGGUUGUCGUGUAUGUUAACGCUUGAAUAUGUUUGCAUACACGUCAGUGACUUUGUUUCUUGGUAGUCUCCAUGUUGUAUUAUAUGUAGUCACUUGAAAUAUAUAUACUGACUACACUUUUUAGUAUUUAAAUUAAUGUAGGUAGGUACAUAGUAAAUCAUAGAAAUUCGUUUAGUCAUGAUCAAAUGUGUUUCGUCCAGUUUCGUCGAAGUCAACAAGAAAAUAGAGAAGUAAAAAAGUUAAUAUGACUAUGCCGCUUUUUCCUCGACUUUGUCAAGGUAAACUUUUAUCUCAUAUUCUAUCUUUUAUUAUUAAAUCUUUUGUUAAAAUCAUUUAGAGAGAAAGAGGGGAGAUAAGAAAUAAAUGCCUUUUCAAGAAACAGAAGGAAAAUAAAUAUAAUUUUUUUUUCUUUAUUUCUAAACUGAAGUUUGUUCUUUUAUAACUGAAAUGGCAUAACUACCUGUCUUAUUAUAUUUCUUUAAAAAUAAUAAACCACACGACUGUACAGAUACUGCCAAAUAAGAAAUGUAACUAUAUUUAUGUUAGUGAUACCUAUAAAAAACAGUUUUGCUGUUUGUAAAUGAAGUUUUAUUUAUUUCUGUAUACAUGAAAAGUACAAGUUGAUUUUUGAUCUCCAUUCCUUUCUAUUUGUAUAGUUAGUUUUAUAA